CCCGCCCGCCACUACCGCCGCGGUGCCCACCGCUUCGCUUCUCUCCCCUCCUCUCCAAUGGCGGAACCCCCAAUCACAGCCCACUCCUCCUCCUCCUCCCGCCGCGUCCCCACCGCAGGCGACUCCCCCACCCUCUGACCCCACCUCCCGCCUCCCCGCCGCCCCGCGACCGCCGCGGAUCGAUCGAGGGGAUUCUUGCCACCUGGGAUCUCUCCUCCCCUCCCCUCCCCCGAUUCUUGGUCUCGCGCGUCUGUCUGCCCCCCCGUGGUGGAUUCUUGUCUGGCUCCCGGCAAAAGGAACGGCGUCUCGCCGCGGGCCGCGGAUUCGACCAGGCAUCUCAGUGUCCACGGCUGUAAUUUAUAACCAAGCCUAAGAAACUUACAUUAUUCUAGCAUUCAUUGGAUAUGGUAUCGGUGAAUCUUGGGCUAGUACAUUAUGUACUGGACCACAUAUAUGGUACCGUCCUUCAUCGCACCAAAUUAGGAACGCCAUUUUUCUCGAAAGGAUGGGGAGGCACCAAACUUGAUUUGUUAGAGAAGAUGGUGAAACAGUUAUUCCCUGAAGCACGUUGCCAGAACUGGCCACCAACUGCCGUGCAACCCAUGUGGAAAACGGUUUGGGAGACAAAGAGUUCUUGUCUGCGAGAGGGUGUUUUCAGGACUACAUGCGAUCCACGGCUAAUUGAAGCAUUGCCUCCUGAGAGUCACAAUGCAAGAGUUGCUUUUCUUACACCUAAGUCAGUUUCACCUGAGAAGAUGGCCUGUGUGAUUCAUCUGGCAGGCACUGGUGAUCACUCGUUUGAGAGAAGACUUCGACUUGGUGGACCUCUUUUGAAGGACAACAUUGCAACUAUGGUUCUUGAGAGCCCUUAUUAUGGACAACGGCGACCAAGCAUGCAGCAUGGGUCAAAGCUUCAGUGUGUGAGUGACUUGCUACUAUUAGGAAAAGCUACUAUUGAUGAAGCUCGCAGCCUUCUGUACUGGUUGCAGAAUGAGGCUGGUUAUGGCAAGAUGGGCAUAUGCGGGCUCAGCAUGGGUGGUGUACAUGCUGCAAUGGUUGGAUCCUUGCACCCAACACCAAUUGCUACGCUGCCAUUUCUUGCUCCGCAUUCUGCUGUGGUGCCUUUCUGUGACGGGCUCUACAGGCAUGCCACAGCUUGGGAUGCAUUGAGGAAAGAUGCAGCAACAUUGGCCCAAGACGUAACUUCUUUGACAGAAGACAUGGCCCAGAAAUCAGGAAUCACUAUUGAGCAAGUAAGAGAGAGGUUGCGAUCAGUGCUGUCUUUGACUGACGUCACUCGAUUUCCAGUGCCAAAGAACCCACAGGCUGUCAUUUUUGUUGGUGCAACGGAUGACGGCUACAUCCCCAAACAUUCGAUAAUGGAGCUCCAAAAGGCAUGGCCAGGUUCAGAGGUCCGGUGGGUAACCGGAGGGCACGUAUCGUCGUUUUUCCUCCACAACGACGCGUUUCGCAAGGCCAUUGUUGAUGCUCUUGAUAGACUAUAACAGCAGAGGAAACUCAUCUUUGUGAUGGCAUUUCUUGGUGUGCUUGUUGUGAAACUCAUAGGCAUGCCACAUGACAAGAUCACAUUUUUAUGAGUGGGGGAGCCUAGAAAUACCACAUUCUGUCUGUAACUCAAUAUAUGUGUUUUCCCAAAGAUUGGGAAGAUGCAUGAGUGUAACAUUGACAUUCGUUACCUGUUAACUAAGCCCCCCAUUGUUAAUCUGU